AUGUAUGAAAUAAAAACAGGUAAUCGACGAAAAUGUGAUAGCGAUCGCCGUUUGGACGGCCAGAUAGUAGUCAUUACCGGUGCCAACACCGGUAUUGGCAAAGUAACGGCUCUGGAGCUCAGCAAACGCGGAGCAAAGAUAAUUAUUGGUUGUCGUGAUGUGGAAAAAGCUACGAAAGCUGUUAACGAUAUAAAAACUGAUAACCCGGACGCUGACAUUGUUGUCCACAAACUUGACUUAUCGUCGCUAAAAUCUGUCCGCAUGUUUGCCGAUGAAGUCAAACAAUGUGUGGACAGACUGGACAUAUUGGUCAACAAUGCCGGUGUUAUGAUGUGUCCCGAGUGGAAAACAAUGGACGGAUUUGAACUACAGUUUGGCACCAAUCAUCUGGGUCAUUUUUUGUUAACAAUGCAUUUAUUACCGUUAAUAAAACAAGCAUCAACUGCACGUAUAAUUACUGUAUCCUCUAGUGGACAUAUGAUGGGCAAAAUUCAUUUGGAUAAUAUCAAUUUGCGUAACGGUGCCUACACUAGCUGGAAGGCCUACGCCCAGAGCAAACUGGCCAAUGUAUUGUUUACACGGGAACUGGCCCGACGACUGGGUGGACUCAACAGUAAUGUCAAAACCUAUUGUGUACAUCCCGGUCCUGUCAAUACUGAUCUACAGCGACAUAGAGACGGUGGACCAGCCGGUAGACUGCUAUUGAAAUGUAUUGGACUGACACCCGAAAUGGGAGCACAAACAUCACUGUAUUGUGCACUGGAUGCAGAUCUCGACAAACAAACUGGUUGUUAUUAUGCUAAUUGUCGUAAAGUGAAUAAUAUGAUAUCGACGGCAACCGAUGACCGUAUGGCCGAACUCUUGUGGGACAUGAGUUGCAAUUUGGUUAAUCUUGAAGACAAUCUUAAGAUAUAA